UUGAAUGCGGCCAGGAUCCGCGGCCCCCAACCUCCUGGAGACCCUCCCUCAGCCUCCGCUGGGGUCGCAAAGACACUUUCCACUGAUCCUGUCCUCGGAGUAUCAUCGCUCAGGCUCCACUACUUCCAUCUGGGUCGAGUCCGAGGAGAUCCCCCGAGUCCGGGUGGGCUGGGCCGAUCCACCCGCUGGAGCCCACCCGCUGGAGCCAUGGCAUGCAGUUUGCGGAAGCUGUUUACUGUGGAAGAGGAGUUUGAAGAUGAGGAUUUCUUGUCUGCUGUGGAAGAUGCAGAGAACCAGUUUGCUGGCUCUCUACCUGUAAAUGCUGGGUGCCUACGACCUGUUUCUUCCAAGUCACAGGAGACUGUGCAGGGGAAGUCUUCAAGGUCACUGCCAUUACAUCCCACUGCUUCUUCAGAGAUGUUGAGACUGCCAACCCUGGGAUUCUGCCUCCCGACCUCCAGCAUGCCCAGAGCCACCAGGGAUCCACCUUCUAUAGAAACUGUCCCCAUAAGCCCUGUCUCAACUUCCAGCAGCUGGACUGGCAAUCAGAGAAGAAUGACACUGACAGAAGUGCUCCAAGAGCCAGCAAGACCCCAGUCCUCUGUCCCCCAUCCUCUACUUGCCUUUGAGAACCAACAGCAGGGAUUUGGUGGUCUUGAGGGGCCUGAACAAGACGAAUUUGAUAAAGUCCUGGCAAGCAUGGAGCUGGAGGGAGCUGGCAUGGAGCUGGAACUUGGCGUUGGCCGUGAGGCCACACAAAUCCUGCCUGUCCAGCACCAGGACACAGUCUUGGCGAAAAAGGCCCGAGUGGCUGGUCUGAGUGGAUCUUGCCAGCAGGGGCCCAUGUCUGCCACUGGCAUAACAGGUGUCGCGUCAGCCCUGGAUGAGCCUCUGGAGCCUGUUAUCCACUGUCGGACUCCAUGGCCCCGCGUGAAACCUGGUGCUGCGGGCAAUCUUCCUAUUCCAACUGCCCUAUCAGUUCCUACUCAGCAACCGCACUGGGAAAUCUGUCCCAAAGGCCCCUCUGUUCCAGUACCCCAGCCUCUCCAAGCUGCUGGUGGGCCUGUACAGAGCAGCCCUCAAAAUCGUUUGCCUGGUCAGCCAUUUCAGUCUCCCAGUGCCUGGCUAGGUGGCAAACCUCAUUUUUCUAGACUGCAAACUCCCAAUUCCAGAUCUACUCCCUCGAGGACCAGCUCUGUGGUAUCUCCUUGGGAUCCCCUGCAAUCCCGAGCCCCAGUGUCUCCUCUUGAGUCUCCUGUCAGCAUCCCAAAAGGUCCCCAUUUCUCCCAAAAGGUUCCCCAGGCAGCUCUUCAGACCCCCAUAGUCACCAACCACCUGGUGCAGCUGGUCACUGCUGCCAACCGGACUCCCCAAGAGCCCACCCGUGCCAAAAUGCGCCGCUUCCCUGGCCCAGCAGGACUCCUGCCUCACCAGCAUAGUGGGAAGAAUCUGGAGGAAAUCAUGGUUUCCACACCCCAGACUCCAGCUCAUGGUGCUCUUGCUAAAUUCCGGACAGAGAUCGUUAGUUCCCAGUCAUCAGUGGAGGAGGAUUUUGAGCGAGGGCCCUGGCGGACCAUGAAAUCUGCUCUGGGCCUGGAUGAGAGAGACCCAACCUGCUUCCUCUCUACCUAUAGCAUCGUCAUGGUACUGCGGAAGGCAGCCUUGAAGCAGCUUCCCAGGAACAAGGUCCCUAACAUGGCAGUGAUGAUCAAGUCCCUGACUCGGAGUACAAUGGAUGCCAGUGUGGUUUUCAAGGACCCUACAGGAGAAAUGCAGGGGACCGUGCACAGGGUGCUGCUGGAGACACGCCAGAAUGAGCUGAAGCCUGGCUCAGUGCUGUUGCUGAAGCAGAUUGGGGUGUUUUCUCCCUCACUCCGAAAUCACUACCUCAACGUGACACCCAACAACCUGGUCCAUAUAUACAGCCCAGAUUCUGGGGAUGGGAACAGCAAGCCAUCUCAGCCCUUCCCCAAGGAUCUAGGAAGUUUCCAUGGUGGCCUCCAGCAGGAUGUGGCCACAAAACCUAGGGAAGUUCUCGGAACAGCACAGAACCCAGUGGCAGGGAUGUCCCCUGAGGAAGAACUUCCAGAAGCAGAUGACUUGGAUGGACUCCUGAGUGAGCUCCCUGAGGACUUCUUCUGUGGGACCAGCAGCUGGGACUGCCCCAAGGCAGGGCACCCACCAUGAGCAAGCAGCCUCUCAGUUGCCAGGCAAGGCUCUGGGUAUGUCUGGUUACAUGCAAGGGAAAGAAGGCCCAUACAACUGGAAACUGGCCAAAGCUUGGGCUUCUGUGGCGCUCCCAUCCUGGAUGAUGAACCUGAAAAGUCCCUCAUCUUGGAUUCUGCAGUUGCAGCUUUGAGACUUCCUUGGCACUGGCAUCCCAGACCUCAGCCAAAGACUGAAUCUUAGCCUUCCUGUCUUCCAAGCCUCUGGUGCAUCGUUCUUUUUCCCGCCAACAGGAAAGUUGCAUCGUUCUUCCAUUUCAGCUGAACUUUAGGGGAUAUUGGGCCUAGUUUGCUUGUCUCCUUACUCCCUACUCCCAGGAAAGCUGAGGAGCUAAGAAGCAUUGCACCAUGACAAAGUCGACAACCCACCUGUGCCCAAGGUUCCCAGGUGCAGGGGCAGCGGUGUGAGCUGUUGUACUUGGUUCUGAAAUA